AUGCUUCCAAGAGGAUCUUCCUUCAAAGUAAGCAACUUUCGGCUUCAGUUCUUCAGUUUAUACCACCAUUCUGCUCAGAGAACUAAGCACACCAGCCAUGUGCCAAAACCAUUUCAGGAACAGCACAAAAAGUAUUUCACCAGAAAAUUUGUUUCCCUGAAGAUACAAACCGGAAAUGAUCUAGUUGGUACCAUCCCACCUUCCUUGGGGAAUCUUUCAUCCCUUCAAAAUAUCUCACUUGCAAGAAAUCAUUUGGUGGGAAGUAUACCACGUGUUUUGGGUCGGUUAUCAAAUUUGAAAAAGCUGAAUCUUGGUUUAAAUAAUUUGUCAGGAGUAGUCCCUGAUUCUCUUUAUAAUCUUUCCAAUAUUCAAAUUCUUGCUCUCGAUGCAAACAAGUUAUCUGGGACUUUUCCAUCGAAACUGCAACUUGCUUUUCCACAUCUUAGAGGAUUCUUGGUUGGAGGGAACCAGUUCGAUGGAACAUUCCCGUCUUCCAUAUCCAACAUCACCGGAUUGGAAAGGUUUGAUAUCUCCUCAAAUGGUUUUAGUGGGCCAAUUCCUCUCACUCUGGGAAGCUUAAAUAAACUUCAACUGCUACACAUUGGCUACAAUAGUUUUGGAAGUGGGAGAGGUCGUGAUUUGGAUUUCCUCUCAUCAUUAACAAAUUGUACUCAAGUGCGCAAACUUAUUUUGGAUGGAAAUGGAUUUGGUGGCGAGGUGCCGGUGGAGCAAUAA